AUGGCAGCUGAUAACUCUACCAAGAGAAAUUCCAAUGUUCAGCUCCUUGAAGAACUAGAGGCUCUAAGUGAUUCCCUUUACCAAUCACACACAACAGCUAGAAGAGCAGCUUCUUUAGCUCUUCCAAGAACCUCAGUUCCUUUUGUUCCAUCUGCUAAAGAUGAUAAUGACACUGCUAAACUUGAUAACAACAAAAACAGCAACAAACCUCGGUCGCGCCGCAUGUCCUUAUCUCCAUGGAAAUCAAAAACAAAUCAAGAAGAUGCCAAUGGCAAGUCACCCUCAACUCAAUCAGAAAACAAUAAGUUUGAAUAUGAAACAACAAAUUCAGGUGACAACAAGAAAGGGAUUUGGAAUUGGAAACCUAUUAGGGCUAUUUCUCAUAUUGGAAAGCAGAAAAUAAGUUGUUUAUUUUCUGUUGAAAUUCUCACUGCUCAAUCCCUUCCUUCAUCAAUGAAUGGAUUAAGACUUUCUGUUUGUGUUAGAAAGAAAGAGAAUAAAGAUGGUGCUGUUCAAACAAUGCCAUCAAGGGUUUCUCAAGGUGCUGCAGAUUUUGAAGAAACACUUUUUCUAAGGUGUCAUGUUUAUUGCAAUCAACAAGGUAAUGGUAAAAAUCUUAAGUUUGAGCCAAGACCAUUUUGGAUAUACCUUUUUGCAGUUGAUGCUAAAGAGCUUGAUUUUGGAAGAAACUCAGUGGAUCUAAGCCAGUUGGUUCAAGAAUCAAUCGAGAAAAACCGGCAAGGAAAUCGAGUUAGGCAGUGGGAAACAAGCUUUAGUUUGCAAGGAAAAGCUAAAGGAGGAGAGUUGGUUGUGAAACUAGGAUUUCAAGUCAUGGGGAAAGAUGGAGGAGUUGAAAUAUAUAACAAUGAAGAGAAUUUGAAGCCUAGUAGUAGGUUCAAAAACCUCACAUCUACGUUCGCUCGACGACGAUCCAAGACAUCGUUUAGCAUGCCUAGUCCAAGAAUCACAAACAGAAAUGAUGCUUGGACUCCUUCACAGCGAAGAUUAGCAGAAGAUAUUCAAGAAAUCGAUGAUUUGAAUCUUGAUGAUGAUCCAAAUCCAAAUCCAGUUCAUCAUUCAUAUCCAUCUACUAAGAAACGUGUUGAUGACAAAGAAAAGGUGGAGGAUCUUGAUCUUCCGGAGUUCGAGGUUGUUGAUAGAGGAAUUGAAGUUGAAGAGAAGAAAGAAGAUGAAGGAGAAGGAUCAGAGAAAUCUAUAGAAGUGAAAUCAGCAUCAAGUGAAAUUGUCAAGGAAAUAGUCCAUGAUCAAUUGCACUUAACAAGAUUAAAUGAGCUUGAUUCACUUUCUAAGCAGAUAAAGGCUCUUGAAUCCAUGAUGGGAGAACAAAGCAAAGAUUUUGACACGGAAUCACAAAGAUUGGAUUCUGAUGAAGAAAAUGUUACAAGAGAGUUUCUUCAUAUGCUUGAGGAUCAAAAGUCUAGAUUAUACAAACUUAACCAAUCUGAAAUUCCACCUUUGCAUCUUGAAGAACAUGAUGAUAAUUCUUCAUCAUAUGGAGAAUCUAAUUCUCAAGUGUAUCUUCCUGACCUUGGAAAAGGUUUAGGUUGUGUGGUUCAAACAAGAGAUGGAGGCUACUUAGCAUCUAUGAAUCCUUUAGACAAUUAUGUAGCUCGAAACGAUACUCCAAAGCUAGCAAUGCAAAUGUCAAAGCCUUUUGUGUUAACAUCACAAGACACCUUAAAUGGAUUAGAGUUGUUUCAGAAACUGGCUGCAAUUGAUCUUGAUGAACUCACCUCUCAAAUUUUCUCAUUGAUGCCAAUAGAUGAACUGAUAGGUAAAACUGCUGAACAGAUUGCUUUUGAAGGCAUAGCUUCUGCUAUAAUACAAGGUAGAAACAAAGAAGGAGCAAGUUCAAGCGCUGCACGGAUAGUUUCGGCAUUGAAAGACAUGGCGAAUGCAAUGAGUUUAGGAAGACAGGAACGGAUUUCGACAGGAAUUUGGAAUGUUGAUGACAUUCCACUUACUGCAGAGAAAAUUCUAGCCUUUACAAUGCAGAAAAUUGAGUUCAUGGCUAUUGAAGCAUUGAAAAUUCAAGCUGGCAUAGCUGAAGAAGAAGCUCCAUUUGAAGUUUCUUCAGUCAAAGAAGGGAACAAAGAAAAAGAUCUAUUGAGUUCUGCUAUUUCACUUGAGGAUUGGAUUAGAGACCAAAGCUCUAAAAACACUAAUGCAAGUUCUGAUAUUGAUGAACUAUCAAAUAUCACAUUAAUGUUUGUUGUUCAACUGAGAGAUCCAAUACGAAGAUAUGAAGCAGUUGGAGGACCUAUGAUGGUGUUAAUUCAUACAACAAAUGUGGACACAAAGGGUGAUGAUCAUGAUGAAGAUGAUGAGGAGAAGAGGUUCAAAGUAAGUAGCAUGCAUGUGGGAGGUUUUAAGGUGAGGAGUGGUGGUGGGAGGAAGAAUGCUUGGGAGAGUGAGAAACAAAGGCUAACUUCAAUGCAAUGGUUGAUUGAAUAUGGUUUAGGAAAGGCAGGGAAGAAAGGAAAACAUGCAUUGGUAAAAGGGCAAGAUUUGUUGUGGAGCAUUUCAUCAAGAAUCAUGGCUGAAAUGUGGCUAAAGACCAUUAGAAAUCCAGAUGUUAGGCUUGUUUAA